GUUGAAUUAGUGAAAAUUCUUUCUUCUUCCCUGUUGGCCUUCAUAGCAUGUCACAGGGAACAUUGACUUGCUAAGGACACACACGGUCAAAAUGAUUCAAAUGCCAAGUGCGACGGCAGAGCGCCCUCAGUCCCCUGAUGGCCCGACAUUCGACAAGGAUGCCGCUUUGGCAGUUGUGAGUGAGGAAGCACAGGAGGUUGACCCUGCAGUGGAGAAGCAUGUACUGCGCAAAAUCGAUCUGUUCUUUAUGCCUGCCAUGUUAAUAGGAUAUGGAUUUGUAUACUGGGACAAAGCUAUCUUGGGAAGUGCCUCUUUGUUUGGCAUGACCACUGAUCUAGAGCUACUAGUCAUGGAUCAUUCCACAUCACCCCCGUCAAAAGACACCUCACGGCUCAGCUGGGCAACUUCUAUCUUUUAUUUUGGGAUGCUGGCCGGCUUGUACCCAAUGACAUUCAUUCUCCAACGUUUCAAAACGCAGUAUGUAUUCGGCCCGAUUGUGAUGAUGUGGGCUGUCACUUGUGCUGCUACCGCAGGGGUGAAAUCAUGGCAGGGCCUUUUUGUGCAGCGAUUUUUCUUAGGCUUCGUUGAAAGUGUAGUUCCCACCGGUUUCAUGACCAUUGUGAGUAGCUACUAUACGCAGAGGGAACAGGCCAUGCGUCAGGCAUGGUGGUUCUCUGGCACUGGAUGGUUCACCAUCAUUGGUGGCGCUUUAAAUUACGCGUUCGGCCAAAUCAGCUCUGGUGCCCUGAAGCGCUGGCAAUACAUCUACAUUUUUGCCGGUGUGCUUACUUUCUUUUUCGGGCUGUGGUGCUGCAUUAUGCCCAACUCGCCUGUCUCCGCAUGGUUCUUGACCCCGGAGGAACGCGUCGUCGCAGUGGAACGACUUCGCAAAGGACAGACUGGUGUGCGGUGCCAGAAGAUUAAAUGGGAUCAUAUCAAGGAAUCAUUCUUAGACCUAAAAUUGUACCUCGUUGCGAUCAUGAUGGCUGCAGCAUAUACCAUCAACGGCGCCAUCUCUGGGUUUGGUCCCCUCAUCGUAUCCACGUUUGGCUUCAACACGCUGGAUUCAAUCCUCUUCCAAUUUCCCGUCGGCGGUGUCUGCGUAAUAUUUAUCCCCUUAUGCGGUUACAUCUCAUCGCGCAUUCCUAACACGCGCAUUCCUAUGUUAAUCACUUGUUGCCUUCCUGUCAUCGCUGGAUGUGUUAUCAUCUGGAAGUCAGAAUGGGGAUACCAACCCGCGGCCCCGGUGGUGGGCUACGCAUUAACCGGAUUCUUCGGACCGGUUGUCAGUCUGAUUAUUACCCUUGGUGCCAGCAACGUAGCGGGCGCUACAAAGAAAACGAUCAUGGCAGCAACGGUAUUUGUCGCUUACACGGUCGGUAACAUCAUAGGACCGCAACUCGUGAAUAGUAAGACUGUGGACCAGCAUUACCCUGAGCUAUGGACCGGCAUGGUAAUUUGCUAUUGCAUCACUAUUGCUGCUGCAGUAGCGUUGUAUUUCGUGUUGUGGAAGGAGAACCGCCGUCGGGACAAGAUGGAUCUUGACGAGGAUCAGCGGGAUAAGCUGGCAUUCCAGGAUCUGACUGAUAAGCAGAAUCCGUUCUUCAGAUACGUUCUAUAAUUGCACCCCUAAUCCACAUCGCCAUAUACCCGCGAUAGAGAUAAAAUAGAGCUAGAGUUAGAAUAUAAUCUCCCACCGUAUAUCGCAAAUUGGGUAUACGCAAGAUUUCCGGUCGCAAAAAGAGUAAAUACCAGACUAUCAACUCUCCGAGUCCUCCCAGAGAUGAUUCUGAAAGCCUGUUCCAUCAUCGCCCGUUACCACCACCCACAUCACCUUCUGCGCAAUGCGACUCUCUCUCUUCUCGACCCUCUGCAAGCGUCGUUCACCCUUCUGCAGCACCUUCGUGACCCUCUUCUCCCUCUCCUUGACCAGCUUAUUCAAUGAUUUAUCCAGCUUCUUCAGAUCUUUCUCCAGGUCAUCCUGCACAAUCCCCCUACCCUGCAAGGACUCCCCCAAAGGGCCCUGCAACCUCUCCCUGGCCCUAACCCUAGCAGCCUCCCUCGCAGCCUGUACCUCCUCAAUCUUCCCAUUGAUCUCCCUCUCUGCCUCCUCCGCCUCACUCAACCACUUUCCCGCCUUCUCCCUCUUCCCAACCAGCAACUGAUUCUGCCUCUCAGCAAACCACUUCUCCUGCGCAUCAGUAGCCCUCUUAACCCAAUUAUCCUUCGCAACGACCACCCCUUCCUCGACAACAACCGGCGACACAAACUCCUUAAGCGCCUCUAUCCUCCUCAACUGCGGAUCAUAUCCACCACCCCCCUUCCCCUGCUCCUUCCCCUCCCCAUCCCCC